CCGCUGCGACCACGUUGGAGGUGGAGCUUGAAAAACGCUUGUAUGUUCCGCUCUCGCUGCUCUGUGGUCGCGUUUUGCACGUAUGAUCGUCUGAUCUGGUGAGAAAUGAGAGAGCGGGUUCCAAUUUGAGGAAGUGAAAUGAUAACAUAACGGCGCCUCGACUAAAACAUUUGCCUGUCUUCGUCCACUGGACUGCAAUGCCGCCACAGCGAGUAUUCGCCCUGCCGAGGCAACAAUCUCUGCUGCUUCCUGCAGUCAUCAACCCGUUUGUUCAAGAUACCAAACUAACCACAGCUACCAUAAUUAAAUGUGUCCUCCUAGGAAUAUUCCUGGUCCCUAUUCGCGCCAUCCUUAUGUCCCUGGUUCUCAUGGUGACAUGGCCAGUGGCUGUCAUAAUAACCCUCAACCAUCCUCUGAAAGGAGCUGUGGAACCAAUGACAGGCUGGAGACGGUUCAUGUGUCGGAGAGUGAUGGCUGCCUUGGGGAGGGCUUACUACUUCUCCAUGGGCUUCAGAGUGGUGGUCAAGGGCAAGCAGGUGGACAGCAGUGAGGCCCCUAUCCUGGCUGUGGCCCCCCACUCCACCUUUUUUGAUGGGAUUGUGUGCAUUGUUGCAGGCCUUCCCUCCACCGUCUCCCGUGUCGAAAACCUGGCAGCACCCAUCUUUGGCAGGUUAGUGCGCUGUCUUCAGCCAGUGCUGGUGUCCAGAAAGGACCCAGACUCCAGGAAGAACACCAUCCAGGAGAUUGAAAGCAGAGCCAAGUCAGGAGGCCACUGGCCACAGGUUCUGAUAUUUCCAGAGGGAACAUGUACAAAUCGCUCCUGUCUUAUCACUUUCAAACAAGGUGCCUUUAUCCCAGGGGUUCCUGUGCAGCCUGUGAUUAUGAGAUAUCCCAACAAGCUGGAUACAGUGUCCUGGACUUGGCAGGGUUUCAGCUCGAAGACGCUGCUGCUUCUAACUUUGAGCCAGCUGUACACCACAGUAGAGAUAGAGUUCCUGCCGACACACAACCCCACAGAGGAGGAGAAGAAAAGCCCUCAUCUGUAUGCUAGCAGAGUGCGAGAAACUAUGGCCCAGGCUUUGGGAGUUCCAGUGACAGACCACACAUAUGAAGACUGCCGCCUGAUGAUCUCAGCUGGUGAGCUAACUCUGCCCAUGGAGGCCGGCCUCGUUGAGUUCACCAAAAUUAGCCGUAAACUCAAUUUGAAGUGGGACAAUGUGAAGAAGGAGCUAGAUGGCUUCGCAGCCAUGGCCAGCUCUUGUAAAGGAGGACGGAUCACCAUUGAGGAGUUUGCAACAUUCCUGAAGCUGCCUGUCAACCCAGCCCUCGAGGAGCUGUUUGCAUUGUUUGACAGGAACGGAGAUGGCACCAUAGACUUCAGAGAGUAUGUUAUCGGCGUGACCAUCUUGUGUCGACCAGCCAACACCGAAGAUGUGCUUCGAAUGGCUUUUCAACUGUUUGAUACAGAUGAGGAUGAGAAAAUUACCCGAGAAGAGUUUACCGCUCUGCUGCGCUCAGCUCUGUGUGUGUCCAAUCUUAACAUGGCCAAGCUUUUCAAGGAGAUCGAUGCUGACGGCUCUGGUUUCAUCACCUUCACUGAAUUUCAAAGCUUUGCCACAGCCCACCCGGAGUACGCCAAGCUUUUCACCACCUACCUGGAGCUUCAGAGAUACCAAGCAAUCCAAGAGGCAAAUCCAGGUGAUUUGGAAUUGGCCGGUCAGACCAGUUCAGGGGAAAAACAGGAAGACAGCACCUCUGACAAAAAAGAUGACUGAAACUGAGGAUGACUGUGAACUCUCCUCGACUGCACUGAGACAGAACACUGUAUCCACUGCACUGAGAAGGAAAAAGCAAAAGUUGUCAUCUGCUCUCUCUGACUUUUAGCAGAUUCAAGUCAUUUGCCACAGCAGAGCCAUAUUAUAGGUCAUGUGCUUGCCUUUUUAUAGAUGUUUUUUUUAGUGUCCAUUUUCAAUUUUAGUGCCUUAUAGAGAUUUCAAAGAACCACUUCCCUAAGUCACUGCACAAGAAAUGUCGUAUUGCAGUCCUUUUUAUCCUGAAAAAUGUUUGUGUGUUUUCAUCAUGUUCAUCAAAUGAAUAAAAAUUAAUGAAGAGCUAGGCAUAGGAUGAAAACAUGUCAUGUGGGCAUCAGUGUUUUACAUUUCUAAACCCUGCAAUCUUUGGAGUUUUAACGUUAGUGACAGUGUUUUAUGAUAUACUUAAACAACUGCCUCGCCAUGUUUUUUGACUCCGAUACAUCAUUCUCUGGAGCCUGAGCUGACCCUUGCUUUGACUUAGAUGAACAUAGCUUUGUGUACCUUCUCCUUUGUCUUUGUGGUCCUCUGUAAAUAAGUACAAAAAAUUGCCAAACCAACACCUUUUUAAAUAUAAGCAAAGAGUCCUCGUGUUUUUGUGUUGCAGUAUAAUUAGUGUACAGUAAGCUUUAUUAAGAAAUUUCCAAUCUGCCAACCCACAGAUGUUGUGUAUUAAAGUUAUGUCUUCGAAGAGCAUACAUGCUGUGCAUUACACUUUUUUUCCAGUGCUCAGGGACACAGACCAUGUAAGACGGCUGUAUAAUUAGCCAGAGGUUUGCUUUGCAUGUGUAUCUAUUUGCAUUUCUACUGAAGACUGUUGUUGCUGAGACAGCAGCACAUCUACGCAGCUUUAAGUUUACUUAAGCAAAUCAACCACUGAAAAUAGGGCAAUUUGUGAGCAAAAAGGCAACAGUGCUUCUUCACAACAGCAUAUCCCAGCGGGGUAUGCUUUCAGAUUAACUAGCAGCACUGUUAUUUAUUUAGCAAGGUGCAUUACAAUUAUAUGAUUUU